AUGGGUGAAAGGAAAGGACAGAACAAAUAUUACCCCCCGGACUAUGAUCCACGAGCUGGCGGACUCAAUAAAUUCCUCGGAACUCAUGCAUUGCGAGAGAGAGCCCGGAAGCUGGAUCAGGGGAUCCUCAUUAUUCGCUUUGAAAUGCCCUACAACAUCUGGUGCGAUGGAUGUCAAAAUCACAUCGGCAUGGGCGUGCGGUACAAUGCUGAGAAGAAAAAGGUGGGAAUGUACUACACAACACCCGUCUACCAGUUCCGGAUGAAGUGUCAUCUCUGCGAAAAUCACUUUGAAAUUAAAACAGAUCCCGGAAAUUUAGACUAUGUCAUUCUCUCGGGGGCACGUCGACAGGAAAAUCGCUGGGAUCCCACACAAAAUGGCCAGGUAGUACCAGAUGACAAGGAGAUGCAGAAGAGACUCUUUGAUGAUGCCAUGUUCAAGUUGGAGCACUCUGCAAAGGAUUUGGCAACUUCCGCUGAAGCCAAACCUGCUUUGGGGCGUCUUUUUGAGAGGAAUGAGGAUGUUUGGCGAGAUCCAUAUGAAGCCAAUUCCCGGCUAAGGGCUGAAUUUCGCACCAAGAAGAAAGAACUGAAGGUCACGGAGGAAAUUGAUAAAACCCUCCUGGCCAAAUCUAGUCUGGACAUUGAUCUUGUACCGGAGAAUGAUGAAGAUCGGCAUAUGGCAUCCCUCAUGUGUCUGCAAACGGUUAAAUCGUCUGAAGAGGAAGCAGCUGAAAGGCGCCAAAAGGCUAUAAAUCGUCCCUCACUUCCGGGAAGUACUGUUAUAUCCUUUGGUGGUAUCAGAGCUGAAAAGCUGCUCAGUAAGAAGCUCAAUCCGUUGGAUUUGGGAAUAAGAAAGAGACCAUCAACCUCGCCCGCAGCAACUGAGACUAAUGAAGGAAUCUCACAGAAUGCGAAAAAAUCAAAAGAACAUUAUCAAGAAACCCAAAAGACUCCUGAUUGUGCCAAGGAAGCAGCAAACAGUGUUGCAAAAGCCUCAGAAAAUGUACAGACAGCCCCAAAAACUGCAGAAGAAGCCCCAAAAGGCAUUUCACUUGUUGGGGACUAUUCUAGCAGUGGGACAGAGAGCGAUACAUAA